AUGACAUUAAAAAAAAGAAUAAAACUGGAACAAAAUAUAAAUGAUCAGAUAUAUAAUAAUGAAGAGAAAAUUAUUAAUGAGACAUAUUGUGAUGAACCAUUUCGUGACAAGUAUAAUUUUAAUAGAUUAUUGGAUAAAAAAUUAAAUUGUAAUUCAGAUUUAACUGUAUCAAGUGACACUUCAAUGGAUAUAUCAACAACUAUGAGUUUAUCAACAUUAUCUUUACAUAAUUCAAAAGAAAUUCAAAACCAACUUAAUUGUACUGGUUUUAAUAAAACAUUAUCUAUUUUUGAGAAUAAUUUCAAUGAUACAAAAGAUAAUCUUCAAAAUACCAUAUCAACAACAAACUCAAGUAUGCCAAUUAACACAAUUCAUUAUUUAAAUCCUAGUUUAUUGGAAGAAAAAAAUUUUUUAACACUAAAUUCAAAUGAAAACAUAGAAAAAUUAGAAAAAAGCAAGUUAUUAAAUGAAAUUAAUUUUAAUAAUAGUUCAUUAAAAUUAAAUGACAGUUUUUCUAUAUUUAAUAAUUCUAUAAAAAAUAGUACAGCUUUAGUUUUUGAAAAUAUUUAUUUUAAACGAGAUAUAGAUAAUAUAUUUUUUAUUGAAUAUACAUCAAAUUAUAAAAACUUAAAACAAUUAGAAUUAAUAUGUUUUACUAUUACAUGGAUUCAAUCACGAAUAUAUGAAAUUAUUUUAGUUGUACCAAAUUUAAGAUAUUUACAUCAACAUACAUUAGAAAAUAACUAUUUACAACAUGUUAAAUAUAAAAAAGGAAAAGGAAAACUUACGAAAACUGUUAUAAAAUCAAAUGAUCCAAUAGAAGUUAUUGAAUCAAUGGAAUUUUUAGAUAUAUCUUUAUAUAAUGAUUCACUUUAUCAAUAUUUAUUAAUUAAUCAAUUAUUAGAUAUAUAUUAUAAAUUUGUCUCUUUAUAUAUAUAUUAUUGUGAUUUAAAAAUUGAAAAAAUUAAUAUAAUUUUUGAAGAAAAUAAAUUAUUAUAUGAAGAAUUUAUUAAUUGUAAUGAAGACAGAAUCAAUACAAUUAAAUGUCUUAAUAAUUAUCUUUAA